UUAGAUUUUCAAGUUGAGAAUUUAAGGGGAGAAAAAUAAUCUUGACACUCAAUUACAACAAAAAUACAAAAUCUAUAUCUCUCUACCUCUUGUCUAUUUAGAACAAGACAUGGAUGAUGUUCUUGGUAUGUGAUUGCCCAUGUGGGCGUUGUUAAGUACAUCUUUGUCUUUCUUGCUUGGCACCAGACCUGAGCCAACUCUUUUCUCCACUUCUGGCUCCCUGCUUGCUAGCAAAGACAAUCCCAUUUCUGUUUUCUCUUCAAAAAUGGAAGAUCAAUCUCCAAUGUUGUUUCUCUCAUGUUGCUGGAUCUGUAGACUGAAAAAAUCAAGGACAUGCAGUGCCAAAAGUAAAGGCAAUGAUGUUCCGGUUGUGGAUAAAUUAAAUUCCUUGAGGAUGGCUGAGAAGAAGGGUUCAGUUGCUGUUAUAGAAUAUCAUUUGCUGCAAGCUGCAACAAACAAUUUCCAGGAAGUUAAUGUUCUGGGUGAAGGUGGUCGUGGAUGUUUGUAUAAAGCUUGUUUCAGUGAAAAACUCCUUGCAGCAGUGAGGAGAUUUGAAGGUGAAGAACAGGACAUUGAAAGAGAAUUUGAGAACGAGCUGAACUGGUUAACGAAAAUUCAUCAUCAAAACAUAAUUUCUCUUCUGGGUUACUGCAUUCAUGGUGAAACAAGGUUUCUCGUGUAUGAAAUGAUGCAAAAUGGGUCUUUGGAAAGUCAAUUGCAUGGGCCAACACAUGGAUCGGCAUUAACUUGGAAUCUGCGAAUGAAAAUUGCUGUUGAUGUUGCAAGGGGACUAGAGUAUCUUCAUGAGCAUUGCAAUCCUCCUGUUGUCCAUAGAGAUCUGAAGUCAUCUAAUAUUCUUCUCGAUUCCAACUUCAAUGCAAAGCUUUCGGACUUUGGCCUUGCUGUAGCUUGUGGUAUCCAAAACAAGUACGUAAAGCUUUCAGGAACUUUAGGUUAUGUGGCACCAGAGUACCUUUUGGAUGGCAAACUAACUGAUAAAAGUGAUGUCUAUGCUUUUGGAGUUCUCCUUCUGGAACUCCUGAUAGGAAGAAAACCAGUGGAAAAGAUGUCUCCGGAUCAUUUUCAGUUCAUAGUCUCAUGGGCCAUGCCUCGGCUCGCUGACAGAUCAAAGCUUCCCAACGUUGUGGAUCCUGUUAUCAAAGACACUAUGAAUUUAAAACACUUAUACCAGGUAGCUGCAGUGGCAGUACUAUGCGUGCAACAAGAACCAAGUUACAGGCCAUUGAUAACAGAUGUCCUGCACUCUCUCAUCCCUCUUGUACCUCUUGAGCUUGGAGGGUCACUGAGAAUUACAGGACCUGUUCCUCUUGCCCUGCCUUCUCUCUGAUGAUGAGUACAUCUCAAACUGAUCAUUUCUUUUGUAUAUUUAGAUGUAUGAAAAUCAUUAGAUUUUUUUUUUUCAUUGUUACAUUUGUUAAUUGAAUUUAUUUUUAGAUGAUUUCCCCUUAAACUGCUUCAAUAUUUGGAUCUUCAGCAACACAAUUUUCCGAGGUUUUAGUAAGAUGUCCUGAUAUCAGAUAAAAAGGAGGGUGGUAGUUGCUGAAGGACAUGAAACUAAUGUAGAGGUGGCGAGAUUCUAUUUUUUCUCAGAUGAGCUUGUUUCAUCCAGUCAACUUAAUCGAUCACCAGAUAUUGUUCUAUCCUUCUGUUAUGCGGAUAUUUAACACCGUGAUCAUAGUUCUCCAGAGCUCAGCUGUUUGAGCAGCAAUGCAUUGCAAAUCAGGAGAUAUACAAGGCUGUAGCCAAAUCUGCCCUCUCUGACAUUUCAAGUCAUUUUCUGCAAGACAUGGCCUUAACGGUGCUGUAAUGUGUGAAGUUGUAGCUUUAGUUGACCAUUCGUCGUGCCGAGUUUUUCUUGCAGUAACAUGCAACGCUUGACUCAUUUGCACAUCGAUGGACACUUAAGUUAUUCAUGGUUUCAUCAUUACAUAUAGCUAUAUAAGCAAUUACGUUCCAUUUUGACUGGUUUGAAACUUAUCAUUCUUAUGUAUAACUCAAAAACUUGCUUUUAAAUAUGGAAAUAAAGUUGGAAUAAACCAGCCA